UGCAGCCGCUGUUCCGCUCAAGCAGAAACCCCGUAGUGCAGCACAACAGCGCCAUUCGGUAACUGCAACAGAAUCCAAAAUGGCAGGAGCUGAUGGAGACGACUCUCUCUACCCUAUCGCCGUUCUUAUCGAUGAGCUGCGAAAUGAGGAUGUUCAGUUGCGGCUAAACAGCAUCAAGAAGCUGUCCACAAUUGCGCUGGCCCUUGGUGUUGAGAGGACUCGCACUGAACUACUUCCUUUCCUCACAGACACCAUCUAUGAUGAAGAUGAGGUGCUCUUGGCCUUGGCUGAGCAGCUUGGCAAUUUCACUAUGUUGGUGGGAGGGCCAGAGUAUGUCCACUGUCUGUUGCCUCCACUGGAGAGCCUUGCUACAGUGGAGGAGACCGUAGUCAGAGAUAAAGCCGUGGAGUCCCUGCGCAAGAUCUCUCAGGAGCACUCUCCAGUUGACCUGGAGGUCCAUUUUGAGCCUUUGGUGAAGCGGUUGGCCAGUGGUGACUGGUUCACUUCUCGCACAUCUGCCUGUGGCCUCUUUAGCGUCUGUUAUCCCCGCGUCUCCAGCACUGUCAAGGCUGAGAUCCGCCAGCAUUUUCGCACCUUGUGCUCAGAUGAUACUCCUAUGGUGCGUCGUGCUGCAGCAUCUAAACUGGGGGAGUUUGCCAAAGUCUUGGAGCUGGAUUAUGUAAAAAGUGACAUAAUUUCCCUCUUCACUGCUCUGGCCUCUGAUGAGCAGGACUCAGUGCGGCUGCUUGCAGUGGAGGCGUGUGUCAGCAUUGCCACUCUGCUGCCUCAAGAGGAUCUGGAGACCCUGGUGAUGCCAACCCUGCGUCAGGCUGCAGAAGACAAAUCUUGGAGGGUCCGCUACAUGGUGGCAGACAAGUUCUCCGAGCUCCAGAAAGCAGUUGGGCCAGAGAUCACCAAAAACGAUCUGGUCCCAGCCUUCCAGAAUCUUCUGAAGGACUGUGAAGCUGAAGUUCGUGCAGCUGCAGCCAACAAAGUCAAAGAAUUCUGUGAGAACCUCCCAGAGGACAGUCGUGAGCAGAUCAUCAUGACUCACAUUUUGCCCUGCGUCAAGGAACUUGUUUCAGACACCAACCAGCAUGUGAAGUCAGCCCUGGCCUCAGUCAUUAUGGGCCUUUCAACCAUCCUGGGCAAAGACAACACAAUAGAGCACUUGCUGCCUCUCUUCCUGGCUCAGCUCAAGGACGAGUGCCCCGAGGUGCGUCUCAACAUCAUCUCCAACCUAGACUGUGUGAACGAGGUGAUUGGCAUCCGUCAGCUCUCCCAGUCGUUGCUGCCAGCCAUCGUUGAAUUGGCAGAGGAUGCAAAAUGGAGGGUCCGCCUCGCCAUCAUAGAGUACAUGCCACUGUUGGCAGGACAGCUGGGAGUGGAAUUCUUUGACGAGAAGCUCAACACCCUUUGUAUGGCCUGGCUUAUUGACCAUGUGUAUGCCAUCCGUGAGGCAGCCACCUGUAACCUGAUGAAGCUGGUGGAGAAGUUUGGAGCUGAGUGGGCUCAGAACACCAUCGUACCCAAAGUGUUGGGCAUGGCCAACGACCCCAAUUACCUUCACAGGAUGACUACUCUAUUCUGCAUCAAUGCUUUGUCAGAAGCAUGUGGCCAGGACAUAACAACUAAGCAGAUGCUACCAGUGGUUCUCAAAAUGGCCAAUGACCAGGUGGCCAACGUACGCUUCAAUGUGGCCAAGUCCCUUCAGAAGAUCGGCCCCGUCCUUGACAGCAAUGCCCUUCAAACAGAAGUGAAGCCAGUGCUGGAGAAGCUGGCCACAGACUCAGACAUGGAUGUCAAGUACUUUGCCCAGGAGGCUAUCAGUGUUCUGGCCCUAGCAUAAAACCAACCCAACAUGGCUAAACCCGACAACCACCCGAAACAACAACGCAAACACUUUUACAACAUAUUUAUUGAUGUGCAGGAACAACUGGUUAAUGUAUAGAAGAAGCUGUUAACAAUUGUUUUAUCCUUUUUUUUUUUUUUUUUUCGUUUACUGUCCAAUGGUAGACCAUGUCCAGGCAUAGCACAGACUUCUUUGUUAACCUUCCUCUUUGCUGUAAAUGGGUGCUUUAACACAGGCAAAGUGUGAUGACAUUGCAUUAAGUGGUGCAUGCUGACUAAUGUGCUACUGUACUUGCUAGGCAUUGCUAACCAGAACCCCUCUCACAUUCCUCUCUUUUACAUCCUUGGCCACUGUUGUACUUUAGCCACAGUCAUUGCAGCAUACCACAUGUCUAUGUUCGCUACUUAGCACCUAGGGCCAUGCUAGCGCUCUGUGUUGCUGCACUUUUUACCCGAUGCUAGAUGCAAACUUUGAGCAACAGAUGGUUCAACAAGCUGUUUAUUUUGCCGAGCUUCCUCCUGAAUCAGGCCUCCGAUGAUACUCUGGUGUCGCUCUCCAGAGAAGUGAUUGAAAGGUCUGUGUUGGUUCUAGCAGUCUGUCCUUUUGUUCCACCAGACCAAACCUGCUGUUUCUCCCCAAAAACUAUAGAGGAUUGUUGUUGUUGUUCAAACCUCUGACAAAUUACUGGGUGUCCAUAACUGCAUGUAAUCUGACCAAUUCUCUGUCAUUGCAUGUACUAAUCAAUCUGAAAUAGUGUCCUUUCCCCAACUCUGUCUACCAGACUACCCUGCCCAUCUGUGCUGUUUGUUCUUUGCAGCAACACAGAUUGAAUUGGUCUAACAAAUGAAUUACCUCGGCCCACUGUAAUAUGGACCAGCUCAGUCAUAAAGUGUUGCUUAUAAUUAUCCCUCCUCCAAAUCCUCAGUGAUUUUGCUGAUGUGCUAGGGUGGGAAGUUGUAGUCUGUCGUUGUGAUUUUUCUGCAAUAUGUUCUCGGCAUUGCUCUUAAUCGUUGUGCCAAUGACUUUGAUAAGCAGUGGUGGUUUCUUUUAGUAUGCCUGGGUAAACAGUUUUCACCUGUACUGUUCUGUAAAGAGACAACGUUGUUCUUUCAUGUAAGGGACGCUUAUUUCUUGGACAUAAAUGGGGUUCUAAAACAAAAUGGACAACAGCCGUCAGGGCCGGGGGACUAACAAAACCACGCUGCCCAGUUUUCCCCUUAAAUCCAUGCCAGGUCCUCCACUGUACGUGAGAUUUUAAAAGCGUAAAGUCAGUGAACGUGAAGGGCCACCCGACGAUUCUCUGCUUACAAAUCUCUACACAAUGGUGAACAAGUGCAUGCUUUCAAAGAAAGUGGGCUGCGGAGGGGGGCAUGGAGCAUGUGUACGUAAGGCUGCAUAAUGUUGUACUAUGGGGUGGGAGCUGGGGUGGUUAUGGGCGGGUUGAAUAAAUGUAUCAUCUGUGUUGAUAAAAGAAACUUUGUCUUUCCCUCAACGAUUUCCACUGUUUCCCUUCUCCUCCACUCUCCUCUCAUUUUGUUCUCUUGAAUAAACCUUGAUUGUUAAUUGUCCUGUAUCAAGAAGACUGUGCUUUUAUUUUUAUUCUGAAUUCUCUUCACAAUUGGGAUGCUGUACUACUGUAUCUUGAUCUGAAUAAAGUAACACAAAGGA